AUGCACCUAUUGCACGCUCUUCCACUCGUUCUGGCUUCGGCCGGAGCAGCCAGUGUCUUCAAAUGCCCGAAGUCCGACAUCAGAGCGACAAAGUGUAUAGGUCCCAAAGACUGUCUCUACGCAAAUUCCCACAACUGCGACACGUUCAUACAGUGCAUUGUCAACGCCGAUGAAACGACCGGAACCCCGGUGGUGAUGCCCUGCCCUUCUGGUUUGCAGUGGAAUGAUAAAGAAAAAGAAUGUGACUGGCCAGCCAAUGCGGCAUGUGGCGGUGAAAUCGAAAUUCUCGAGGAUGAGGCGCAGGAAGCUAUUCCUCCAUCUGACGGAUCGAUCAAUCCUUCCUUUAGUUGCUCUGAUGCGCAAGCGUCCCAGGGCUCCAAACCUUAA